AUGGAGAAACCUGGUAAAAAUGCAAGGACAUUGACUCUUGAUAAUAAUUUGAGGCGUAUACAAUUUAGUGCACUCCUGCCGCAUUGUCUACUUCAAUCAUCACUGCGACCGCCAAUUUCUGAAUCCUUUCAUUUUGAGACUCAUCAAUCAGCUGCUGAAGAAGUGUUAAAUGAGAAUGACAACAAUAAUACAAUUGAAGAAGGACAUUGUGUGAUGAAUGAAGAGGUAUCUACUGACAAAGCUAAUGAACUAUUUUCUGUUGACCUUGUUGACCGAGCAAAUUGGGAAAAUAUGAAUACAAAUUUAAGAGAUUUAAUUGUAAUGAAAGGUCCUGUAAGAGAAAAUGAUCUGACUUUUCCGAAAGAUGGAGCAAAUCGACACUUCUCAUCCACACAUUACGUUCGACGAUUACCUAAUGGAGAGAAAUAUGAUAGAAAAUGGUUGAUAUAUUCAAAAAGUUUGGAUAAAGUAUUUUGCUUUUGUUGUAAGCUAUUUAAGAAUGAUGGGAUCAGAACCCAAUUGGCACAUGAUGGAGUAAAUGAUUGGAAAAAUGUUGGUGAAAAACUUAAAAUUCAUGAAGCAAGUUGUGACCACAUCAAUAACAUGAAUAAAUGGAUAGAAAUGAAAUUAAGAUUUGAAAAGACUAAGACAAUUGACAAAAGUGUGCAAGAACAAAUCAAUAGAGAUAGAGAACAUUGGAGACGAGUAUUAUUGAGAAUAAUAUCUGUGGUGAAAACUCUUGCUGAGAAUAAUUUAGCAUUUCGUGGGGACAAUGAGAAGAUAUAUCAAGAAAAUAAUGGUAUCUUUUUAAGCAUAAUUCAAAUGAUUGCUGAGUUCAACCCCGUAAUGCAAGAGCAUAUUCGUCGAAUAAAAAGUAAAGAGAUUCAUUAUCAUUAUCUAGGACACAAAAUUCAGAAUGAGUUGAUACUUAUGCUAGCGGGCGAGAUAAAAAAAAUAAUCAUUGAGAAACUCAAAAUUUCUAAAUACUUUUCUGCUAUACUUGAUUGCACUCCAGGGCUUUUUGAGGAAUUGGUGGAUGCUUUGAAUAAUCUAGAACUUGAUAUUGAUAAUGUCAGGGGUCAAGGCUAUGAUAAUGGUGCUAACAUGAAAGGACAACAUAAAGGAGUUCAAAGUAGACUAUUACAACUAAAUCCUAGAGCAUUCUACAUUCCUUAUGGAUGUCAUAGUCUUAAUCUUGCACUUUUUGAUAUGUCCACUUGUUGUUCAAAAGCUAAAUCUUUCUUUGGGGUGGUGCAACGUAUAUAUACUCUAUUUUCUUCAUCUACUAAACGAUGGAAAGUUUUCAAAGAGAAUGUAACUAGUCUUACCAUUAAGCCUUUGUCACAAACUCGUUGGGAAAGCCAUAUUGAAAGUGUUAGAGCGAUAAGAUUUCAAGCUCUGCAGAUAAAAAAAGCGUUACUUCAAUUAGCAAAUGUUGAUGAUCCUAAGACAAAAAGUGAGGCGGAGUGUUUGGCAACAUAUGAAAUUGACAAUUUUGAAUUCUUACUUGGAAUGAUUAUUUGGUAUGAAGUGUUGAAUAAUGUUAACAGAGUAAGCAAACAAUUGCAAGCAGAAGACAUGCAUAUUGAUGUUGUUAUAGACCAUUUAAAAGGCCUCAAUUCAUUUUUCAAAAGUUAUAGAGAAUCUGGUUUUGAAUCGGCCAUGGUUGAUGCUAAAGAGAUUGCAAGUGAAUUAGAAAUUGAACCGAUAUUUCGUGAAAAACGGAAAUAUGAUGAUAUUUUUGGAUUUUUGUUUGAUUUGAAAAGACUUAAGUCUAUUGAUGAUGAUGUUUUGAAGUGUUCUUGCAUUAAACUUGAAAAUUACUUGAAGCAUAAUACGAUUUCUGAUAUUGAUGGAAUAGAAUUAUUUUUUGAGUUGAAAGUUUUAAGGGAAGCGAUAUCUGCAAACAUUUUUGGAGCAAUUGAUGUAUUGGAUUACAUUAAGAAAAUGAAUUGUUGUUAUGCAAAUGCCUGGAUUGCUUAUAGAGUAUCAUUGACUAUUCCUGUCACAGUUGCCUCUGCCGAAAGAAGUUUUUCAAAGUUGAAGUUGAUUAAAUCUUAUAUUCGAUCAUCCAUGUCACAAGAGCGAUUGAAUGUAUUAGCUAUGAUUUCUAUUGAAAAAAAUAUGUUGGACAAACUUGAUGUUAGUAGUUUGAUUACUAAUUUUAUAUCUCAAAAUGUGAGAAGGUUAAAUCUUAUGCUAGCCUAA